AUGUCUAUCAUAAGCCUGCCCAUAGAGAUAUUGACUCGCAUUUGUGAGCAUCUAGAGCCUCAAGAGUGGGGUGCGCUCCGGAUUACAUGCCACCAAAUAUAUGGCAAUACACUGGAGGCCUAUGCGACGCGCUACUUCAAAAGUCUCUCACUUCUUCUUACUCGUGAUAGCCUUGGCCAUCUGGUGGAGGUUGCAGCAAGUGAAACUCUUCGGAAUUGGGUUCAAGAAAUUUGGAUCAUUCCUAAUUUAUUCAAAAGUUUGGGUUUGUCAAUAAGGAAACAGAGAAGAAUGUUAAGAAUGAUGCGCGGUGAAAAGGAGGAAUCAACAUCAACCAAUGCUGAGGCUGAGCUUGACGCUCUAUUUGCCGCUUACGAAGGUACAUUAGCAGAGCACCGUGCUAUCCUUGACUCAGAACUUCUUGGGGUCCUUGAAAAGUGCCUGCCGCGCCUCAAGAACGUCACCACGGUCGGAUUACGGUCUUACCCCCUUGAAUUCCUCCUCUCGAAAGCAAACUAUCGUUCAUUUCGCUGCCUUGGCUUACGGGAAUUGAAGAAGUUCAACACCGAUGAUGUACGUGGUCAUUUAACAUUCGCAAGUUUCCGCAAGGAUAUGUUGUCCACGCCUUUUGGUUUGGCAAUCUCACAGGUGCUUCAUGCCAUAAUCAAAUCCAAUCGGAAGGUCCGAUCGCUCCAUACGUGCGGCAAUUACGCUUGCGGGAUGAACUUGGGGUCCUUGAAAUUGCCAGAGUCAUGGUAUAGAUUACUGUUGCCACUCUUGAGCGAUCUGACGGCUCUUCAUAUGUGUAUCCGCAUUAAGGAUCACGAACAAGAUAAAUUUGAGGAAGAGACCUUCAAACGUCUUCUCAAUAUUCUGGUCACAGUUGCACCCAAAUUGAAGAUACUGACAUUUGCCCAAUGGAGUCCCUGGGAAGAAUUAACCCCCUUGUACUUUGAGGAACUCUCCGAGAAGAUCCGGUUUUCCCAGCUAGAGGAAAUUCAUCUCCACUCGAUUGAGGUGACAGUGGAUACGCUUAGACAAUUUCUUCAGACAGCAGCGCCAACCUUGAAACGGCUGAGUAUGAAUAUGGUCAGCUUGACGGAUGCGAUAAUUGCAGCGCGAGAUCCAGGGCCAAUCACUGAAGAGAGAAGUAGUUGGGGCUCUUCAUUGUCCACUGAAGUGAUAAACGAGAUAAAGAUGCUCUGGAUGCGGAGCUUUCAGUUUUUGGCAGAUAAUCUGGAGCUGCAAUUUGUCCAGUUGUCUAAACUUGGUUACCGUGGGAGAGAAAUAAAGUUGCAAGAUGACUUAUAUAUGGAACGUGGGCAGCCGGAUGCACAGCCGGAUUCAUGUGCACAGCCUUCUAUCGACCCGCACGAUUUCUAUUCUGAUCCAAAGGGUGGCCAUUUGCUAGAUUUCUAUUUUGAUGCUGAGAGAGCGAGUAUACCUCUCAAACGAUGGAUAAUGCAGCUUCAAAUGGAGAUGUGCAAUCCGUUGAGCCGUGCACCUUGCCGACUCCCAGGGACCAGCGGUAUGAGCUUCAACCGGGAAGGGAUGAGGUCCCUUAUUAUGUACCAACCGGGACAUGUGCCAGUGGAAGAUCCUGGAAGACGGUCGGCGAUUUCAGAGUUCUAA